ACGCUUAUUCUCCGAGCGACACAUGGACCCAUAGCCUAUGAAAUCCAACGAUGUAAUGCUACGUAAUGGAGAGAUUACUGGCUUGGAGGUGCUCAACUGGCACAAGACUAGUAGCCUAACACUUCAGUUUAGCAACACCGGGAGAAACACCCUGAAGACGGAAUGUGCCUCUCUCUUGGACACUGAUGUUUGGAAUACUAUUUAAUUGCGUUGUGGACCUGGAUCGUUGCUUGGGUAAUUGUAGACUACUGAGUUGACAAUAUGUUUUAUGUUGUUUCAGUAUAUUGGUCUCUGGUACUGACAGUCAGGACACCACAAAGCCACCGAUUUAAACUUCAACCAAGUUAAUCGUAUAUGCUCUGAUAUGAGUCACUGAGAUUUUUUUACCUUCUGAGGUAUCGUCCUCAGUAGGUCCCUUCUUGCAAGUUGCCAAUGCGGAUACACACUUCGGGUGACAGAGCUUCGUGGUUGUCUUUGGACAUGUGAACCACGGUCUUUCCUUGAAGAAAAGAAUGGACUUAAGAAAUAGUGCAAACACAAGACAUACACAAGGACCUUUCAAGACAUCGAUAAGAACACACUGCUGGAUUACAUUGUCUCGAUAAAAUCUUGGAUUCAUGUUUUCUGUCAUCGAUCCUUGCGAGAAAGCGAAGAGCGAUGUCCACCAACGUUACAAAUUCCAACUGCUGCACGCAGCAUGCUGUCAUACACUACAACUUUCCUGUUCUUGUAUUUGGGAUUCUGUUAAUAAUCGUCAUUAUUUGUGGAAAUGCUCUUGUGUGCCUUAGUGUUUACAGGGAAAAGGCUUUAAAAACUACAACAAACUACUUUAUUGUCAGUUUGGCUGUUUCAGACCUGAUGCUGGCUGUGCUGGUUUUGCCAUUGUAUGUUUAUGCAGAGUUUCAGGGUGGUAUUUGGUCCUCGAACAUGAUUGUUUGUGAUGGACUGAUGACAAUGGAUGUAAUGCUGUGCACAGCUUCAAUACUCAACCUGUGUGCCAUUAGCGUGGACAGGUUCAUUGCCGUUGCGGUUCCUCUGCACUACAACCGCAAGCACGUUGACAACAGGCAGAUCAUCCUUCUCUCUGCGACCUGGUUACUGGCCUUCGCUGUGGCCUCCCCCAUUCUUUUUGGAAUAAACAAUGUCCCAGAGCGGGACACCUCUGAGUGCAAGCUGGAGGACGACAACUACGUGCUGUACUCCUCCAUCUGCUCAUUCUUCAUCCCCUGUCCCAUCAUGCUGCUGCUCUACUGCCGCAUGUUCUACGGCCUGCGCCAGUGGGAGGAGGCCCGUAAGGCCAAACUGCUGAAGAGCAUUCAGACCUGCCGGAACCUGCAGCAGGCCUCAGCACUUCCACCCCCCGUCUCAGCCUUGCGGCAGCAGCAGGAGCCGCAGCAUCCACAGCAUCCACGCCUUCCCCGGAUCAUUGCGAAGGACCUAGCCCAGGCCAGGCUGGAGGAGAUGGACGAUUUGGCUGCGCCAGAAUUCCCGCUCCCUGCCGAGUACAAAGAAAGGGUCAUUAAGACGGUGUCUUACCCGAACGUAACGUACAGCCCAUCGCCCCGCAAGAAGAAGAAAGGGGCCAAAAUGAACGGGCGGGAGCGAAAAGCAAUGAAGGUCCUCCCGGUGAUUGUAGGUGCGUUUCUGUUCUGCUGGACCCCCUUUUUUGUGGUGCACACCACCAGGGCUAUGUGCGAGUCCUGCGAUAUCUCCCCCUAUCUGAUGAGCACCGUAACCUGGCUGGGGUACAUCAACAGCGCUCUCAACCCCAUCAUUUACACCGUCUUCAAUACAGAGUUCAGAAAGUUCUUCCGCAAAUUUGUCUUCACAUGGAUAUUGCGAAGGACCUAGUCCAGGCCAGGCUGGAGGAGAUGGACGACUUGGCCACGCCAGAAUUCCCGCUCCCUGCCGAGUGCAAAUUUGUGCACACGUGGACGCCAAAAAUGCAGUUGGAUCCUUGAAAUGAAGAAACUGCAUUAUGUACUGUAGGCCAGAUAUUCAAGUGCUGUAUGAUGAUAAUUGUUCUUUUCAUUUGUUUUUGUACAGGUCGAUUACAUUUGCUAUUAUUUUUUUACGUUUGCAACAGCAGAAUGAAUGUUUGUUUGUUAAUGGUGCCUACUGUUCUCUCUCAUCCACGUUUUAUGUGGAAAGCUACCCAUCACAUGAUAUUACAAGAAAACAAAAAAAUGUAUCAGAAAAGUGUUGCCAACACAAGGAAACCAUACCUACGUAACUAUCCAUUGUGAUUAGUAGCGCCGUAGACAUUUCUGAUUUGAAUAGUCUUGAUUGAUCAGUCAAACACCCCCGCUGUCCCCAAACUUAAUUUUUUUGCGAGACAUCUCCAUGCACAUUUUAAAUAUUUGAAGCAUUCACUGUUGAGAUAAAACACUACAGACCAUAGCGUGUUGUUAUUCAUUUAUAUGGGAAUGUCAUUUUCCCCCUUCAAUAUUUAGCUGCUCAUAUAAAAAACAUCAAAUACUCUAUUAGGAAUUGCUGUCAUCAGCAUGGUCUGUAUGCUUCAGUUUGUCACAUAAUUAACUGUAGGAGAAAACAGCAAUGCAUAUCUCUCUCAGCAAGUCAUUGACAUUGAUAACCUUAACAGUUUCACUUAUUUGAUAAAGGUCUUCUCUGAGAAAUUCCAUUUAAAUAAAAGUAAAAUUGUGUUAUUUUGCAUUGUUGUUUCAUGAACCCCACAUUGUAAAAAACAUCUUAUUUAGGAAGACACUAAGACAAAUGUGAACUCAACAAAUGAUUUAUUUAUUCAGUGCCAUGGAAUGGUUUAAUAAAUGUGACCAUAAAUCCAA